GUUAACGUCGUAAGACCCUCUAGAGUAAUUAAAACGUUCUAAUAUCGAACAAGUUUCAAAAUUAGCAAGAGGAUGUUGUCUCCUCGAUCAACUUUGUUGGUUUUGUGUGUCUUGAACUCAGGCUGCGCAGUUUUUGGAUUUUUGGAUGCAUGGACGUACCCAUUUUAUGCGGAUAGCAAAACGUAUUUCUAUAUAUACAUGCCAUCAUGCCCAGCAGCCCCGUAUAUUCUAACAAAUCAGAACGCAUCCAAAAUCAAAUCAUUUCCUGAACUCGAUCUAUCUAUUCCAAUGAAGGUUCUCGUUCCUGGAUAUUCCAGCAAUUUAACAAAUGGGGAAGUCCUAAUUAAUAAAUACCUCGAAAGUAAAAAAUACAAUGUGGUUAUGGUUCAUUGGACUUCAGGCACCGAUUCAUGGAUCCCACCAUUAGUUCAGAUCAAUGUUAAGGUGGCUGGAAGGGUUCUGGCAGAAUUUUUAGCAACUCUUCAGUCCAUCGCUGGACUUCAAAUGAAUAAGGUCUCCAUAAUCUCACAUGGGCAUGGAUGUACCGUUGCAGGCAUAGCUGGAAAUAUACUUGGAAACCUAUCAACGAUUGAAGCCCUAGAUCCUUCUUGGAAUUUGAUAAGUGGUAGCGUAUCUGUAAGUUCGGCUACUUAUGUGCAGGUGAUACACACUGGAAGCUUCUACUAUGGAACUUACUGGAGAGUGGGGACUGCUGAUUUCUACGUCAAUGGGGGAUAUUUGCAACCACAUUGUAGUUUUUUUAAUCCUCUAUGUAACCACGAAUACGCUACAUUUUUGUUCAUAAACUCGCUUUAUGAUUCACCGUACUCUGGCUGCAAAGUAGGGUCGAACGGUGAUUGUGGUUAUAUAAUGGGUGGUGAUCCACUUCAAGUAUACAGCGGCGUAUUUGAGGUUUGCUUAGACGAUGGAGGGAAGACAAGCAAGUCCAGCUCUUCUAUCUGGAAUUUAUAUGGCUUGAUUUAGUUGUUCUUAAAGUUCUUGUUAUUAUGAGAAUAUUCUGAAAUAUGAAUGUGAAUCAUUUGAUGUAUUACAAAUACGAAUAAGAAAAUAUGCAUAUCCUUUAUUCUGUACCGUGAAAAAAAAACAUAGAAUGUAUUAUCACAAAAUAUUAAUAAAACGG